AUGAGUUCUAAUUCAAGAAGAAUCAAAUUUAUAUCUAUAUCUGUUCCUAUUUUAUAUGGUAACCAUGCUAUUAAAUUAACUCCUGAUAAAAGAAAACCUACUACUCCACAAGAUCAUACUCAUGAAUGGACAGUAUUUUUAAAACCAGUAUUAGGUGAUAUUGAUUUAACUCCCUUAAUUAAAAAAGUAACAUUUAAAUUACAUGAAACUUAUGAAAAUCCAAUUAGAUCAAUCGAAACUCCUCCUUAUCAAGUUACAGAAACUGGUUGGGGAGAAUUUGAAAUUAUAAUUAAAAUUCAUUUUCAUCCUGGUGUUGAUUUAGGUAUAAAUGAAAAAAAUUUUCAAAUAUUUCAUGGUUUAAAAUUACAUCCUUAUAAUCCACAACAUCCAAAACGUGAAAAUGGUGAAGUUCAUCUGAUUCUAUAUGAUGAAUUAGUAUUUAAUGAACCGACAGAUAAAGUAUUUGAAAUUUUAACAAGAAAACCAUGUAAUUUAUUACCUUUUAAAUUAUCAUCAGAAAAUAAAAGAGAUCAAGAAUAUAUACGACCAGAUGAAACUGAUGAGCUUAAUAGAUUGGAUGUAUAUAUUGAUAAAAUCAAAGUAGAAAUUGAAAAUCAAAGAAAUCAAUAUAAAGAAUUAGAAGAAGCUAAAAUAAGUUUAAUAAAUUCAUAA